AACUAAGAGAAGAUUUUGUAUAUUGUUUUUUUUUCUCCUGUUCUCCUGUAUAACAACCUACUUUCAAUCCGAAAUGCUUUCUUUUGUUCGAAUGAAGUUAUUGCAAAAGGCAUUGAUAAAAGAUCUAUCAAAAGUGUGUACUAGGUACAGUUCAACAGUCAGUGAUGCAUUGGCAGGUGUAAAAGUAUUGGAUCUUACUCGUGUUUUAGCUGGCCCUUACUGUACACAAAUCCUUGGUGAUUUGGGGGCUGAUAUUUUGAAGGUUGAACGAUUGAAGGUGGGGGAUGACACAAGAAGCUGGGGACCUCCAUUCAUUGGAAACACAAGUUGUUAUUUCAUCAGCAUUAAUCGGAAUAAGCAAAGUAUUUGCAUUGACUUGAAAUCUGAAGAAGGAAAGAAAAUCAUUGAACAACUGGCAAUGCAAAGUGAUGUACUGGUUGAAAACUAUUUACCAGGGAAAAUGGAAGAAUAUGGCUUGGGAUAUGAAGAUUUAAAGAAAAUUAACCCACAACUUAUUUACUGCUCAAUCACUGGAUAUGGGAGCACUGGCCCUUAUGCUUCUCGACCAGGUUACGACGUCAUUGCAUCUUCUAUCGGCGGACUCAUUCACAUAACAGGGCCAGAAGAUGGAGCUCCUUGUAAAACUGGGGUAGCUCUAACGGACUUGGCUACUGGUUUAUACGCUCAUGGAGCUAUAAUGGCAGCUUUGUUCCAACGACAGAAAACCAACACUGGCCAGCGAAUAAGCGCAAAUUUGCUCUCAACUCAAGUUGCUUGUUUGGUGAAUCUUGGAUCUAACUAUCUAAUGGCUGGACAAGAAGCUAAGCGUUGGGGCACAGCACAUGAAAGCAUUGUGCCUUACCAGGCAUUUCCAACAUCCGACGGCUACGUGACAGUUGGCGGAACUAACGAUCGCCAAUUUCGUGAACUUUGUUCGAGAAUCUGCCGAAGCGAUUUGUCUUCCGAUCCAAAAUACCUGACGAAUGCAUUGCGAGUCAAACAUAGAAGUGAACUCGUUGACGAAAUUGGUAAAACUCUGGCAACCAAAACGAACUCAGAGUGGAUGGAACUCUUUCGUGGUGCGCAUUUUUCGUAUGGUCCCAUUAACUCAUUAUCUGAGGUCUUUGCUGAUCCUCAAGUGCAACAUAACCGUAUGGUACAAGAAAUUGACCAUCCUUCAGCCGGUACUCUUAAACUUGUCGGUCCACCAGUCGAGUUUAGCAAUUCAGGCAACUAUAUUCGACUUCCUCCUCCAGAAUUGGGCCAACACACUGAAUCCGUGCUGCAGGAUCGAUUGGGUUAUUCUUCAGUGCAAAUACAGCAACUAAGAGAAAAUGGCAUUAUUAAUUAGACUCACGAAAUUAUUAUUAAAAUUGUGUAAUAAUUACAUUGGAAUCCAAAUAAAAGCGAAAGAUUAUUAAGUUGA